CCCUUAUUUGCAAUUCCUUGCUAAGCUGAUUUAUCUGUUGAAGGCCAACCAUGAGUAGAGGGGGCAGCUAUGGUGGCGGGCAAAGUUCCCUCGGCUAUCUGUUUGGAGCUGAUGAGCAGCCAAGUGCACCUCCAGUCACACAGACAAUUCAGCCUCCAUAUGGUAUAGAUACCAUCACCACAGAGAAACCUCCGGAUGCUCACGGACGCCCUAAAGGGACAGAAAAGAAUUCCACCAACAGCCCUGCAGAGACACAAGAGAAUGUUACAAACAAUUAUCAUAGAGCUCAAGGACAGAAUUCAGGGAACUUUAUUACUGGCCGUCCAUCAACAAAAGUUAAAUCAGUUCCUGGUGGAGAUUCCUCUCUGGGGUACCUGUUUGGAGAUAAGUGAUCAUGCUUCCUUCUUUUGAUUUUUACAACUAUCAUUUAAGGGUUCGGGCAUAUAUAUAUGUUGCAGGUCACUAUGUUUGGUUUGGUCCUUAAUUAAGUAACAUCUUUAGAAUAAGGGAUGUUCAGUUCCCAUGAGUGUUGAGUUUGCAAAUGUUGUUCUAGCACAAGUCAGAUGUGGAUGUAAAAGUGGUGUCAGUACUCCCUUUAGAAUUAUGUUUGAUUGUACCAAUGUGUCUGAAUUCUCAGAUAGAAUUUGAUGUUGUUGAUACUAAGGUUUGUCUUUUAUUUUUCAUUGUCAAAUAUGGAAAACAUAAGUGAUACUUUCCAUUUC